GCACCCGACGGCCGAGAUAUCUCCAAUUCCGCAGAAUGUUUUCAAUCCCGACCGUCUAACUCGUUAGAUAUCAGACGGUUGAGCUGGACUCUCGUCUCGACGUCUUCCCGCCUGUUAUAAGUGGGAACAGAGAGUGAGGCCUGUUUUCUCUGAGUUUCAGCCGCCUUCGUACUAUCAACCUUCUCCGUCUCAGUCUCUCGUUCUGCGAAUUUCGGAUUUUCAUCGCCGAAUUCAAGGUUUUCGUCCUUCGAUUCAUUCAGUCGACGAAAUUAGGGUGAAGACCCAAAGAAUUGGGAAAAUGGUUGGGUACGCAAUUCACUUGAAGAAAAAGAAGAAGCCGGAGUGGCUAGAGGUGCUUCUGAAGAGCAAAUUCUUUGGACCUUGCUUCGAUCAUCAGGAACUCAAGAAAAACGAGAUGAAUGUGUACUGUGUCGAGUGUAAUCGAUGCAUCUGCCAACACUGCCUCUCCUCGUCUGCUCAUUACCUUCAUCUACUACUUCAGAUCCGCAGAUAUGUCUAUAACGACGUGGUCCGCCUCCACGACAUGCAGAAGCAUCUCGACUGUUCCAAAGUCCAGCCAUAUACAAUUAAUGGCGCAAAGGUCAUAUUUCUGAAUCCACGUCCGCAAUCGAAGCCUUCUAAAUCGAAUUGUGGGUCGUCCUGUUUAGUCUGCGAGAGAGGCUUAACUGAACCAAAUUGCUACUGCUCGAUCGCUUGUAAGGUUUCUGUGCUCAAGGAGGAUGCAAAGAGAAAACAGAGUCCGCCAUAUAUUACCUUCAAAAUUCCGGAAUUCAGUGAUCUAUCAGCCAAGGAGAAUCAAAACGCAGAACCCAAUUCAAGAGAAGAAGAAUCAUCGAACUUGACAACAGAAUCCAGCGCGGGAAAUACUCUCCAUCCCUGUUUGAAUUCAGCAUUGAAGCCAAGGGGGCAAUUGCAUAAAAGGAAAGGCAUCCCCCGGAGAGCACCUCUGUGCUAAACUACUGACAUUGUUCAUUACAUCAUGUGAAGAGGAUGUUACUAUGACAGUAAUAUUUCUAUGGUAAUCAUAUAUGUGAUUAAGAGAAGGAAAUCACUCUCAAGUGCUACCCCAUUUUGCUUUUCUAUCGGGUUGGUUUGAGGGGAGCCCACCAUUGUCGAGUAGAGAGAGAGAGAAUCAGAAGGUGUGGUUGGUUGUACAGAAAAAGAAAGGGUGGGGGAGGUGGUCGUGGUGGAUAUUCAAUUUGCUCUUCCUCUUUUCUUUUCUCUGAGAUUGGAGAGGGGGGAUUGAUAAUUGAUUGGACUUUGGACAUUAUUACAUUACAUUUUUUUCGGUGGAAAUUGUGUAUUUGAAAUGAAUUAUUCCCUUCGUAUAAUAAAGGAAAACUUUUAUCACUUGCCCUUAUCA